AUUUUUGUUGCAAGUAUAAGCUAUCCUCAUCUGUCUGAAAAAAGCAGGGGCUAUUUUUGUUGCAAGUAUUCAUCAUCUAUUGAGCAUUGGGCAUUAAGGAAGAGUGAGAAUUGGAGUUAAAUAAAAUGAUGAGAAUGUCAAUGGAAUCGAUGGCAAAAUGGAGGAAGUUUUUUGAGGGCGCAGAAGCUGAUAUUUGCACUCUUAUUGAACGUGCAAUCCUGGUUGCAGCAUCCGAUUGUCCUCAUCAAUUUAAGAAGAGGAGAGACAAGAUUAUGGAGAAGCUUUACACAUCUACAUCUACAUCUACAUCUACAUCCCACUCUCAACAUCAACAUAAAAGUAGCUGGAGAGAGGUUGCAAAUGAAGAGAUAAAAUCUACUGGAAAUGUUGUUACAGCUGCAAUAGCAGGCACAUCUACAAUGCAAGAAAUGCCUGAAACAAAAAUGGAUGCCAAUCACUGUAGCAAGCAAAACAUUGCAGCAGAAAAGACAAGAAAUGGGGUGUUAAAAAUGGAUGGUGAAAAGCAUUCAGAUAUAGAGCAUCAAUGUACUAGUAAAUACAAGGUUUUUAGAAUUGGUCCUACUCCAGGGAGACUGAAAAUUGUAAGGCAGCGACAUAUGUCCUCUGAAGAGAAUUUGCAUGACAAGUUAGAUUCCAAGCCUACCUCUCUUCCUUCCCAAGAGAAUUUGCAUGACAAGUUAGAUUCCAGGCCUACCUCUCUUCCUUCCCAACAUAAAUUGAACUCUCGUGAUGAUAAAUCUGUAAAAGAGAAGAUAGAAGCAUCAAAGAAAAGGCUUCGAGAAGGGUACCAACGAGCAGAAAAGGCCAAGAAGCAACGCACAGUUAAAGUAAUUGAACUGCAAGACGUACCAUCAUUCAAAUCAAUCAGGCCAAUUCAGAUGCGAAGUUAAGGCAGAUAUCAAAGAUUGAAGAUGUUUUCAUAAAGGGGUAAAGAAAUCAUAGAUUGGAACUUGUUAGCUACGGGGAUGAAAUUCUCUUGUUCCUACAAUGGGAGAUUCUUGAGGUUGAAUCUUUGUAUUUAGUUCAAUUCUUGACAUCACAUUUGAUGAUGUGUUAUUAUAAGUAAUCAUUUAUAGAUACUGGCUAGGAUGAAGUCUCAAGGUGUCGAAACUGCUGAAAGCAAGCUAUUCUGUAAGCUCUGUAUUUUGAAUGGAUGUCAUAAAAUUCUGAGAUCCAGAGGUCACUUCCUUGAGAUCCUCUGCUUUAUGUAAAAA